UUCCGUAUUGAAUUAAUCUCAAUUUAAUAAACCUAUUUCUUUAUAUUUACCAGAGUUGAAAAUAUGUCAAUGAGGUUGGAGGAAAUCAAUGAAAGAGAAAAUUUCAUGAAGACGUCUCUGCAGACUGUUGACCUUCGGCUCUCUCAGCUGGAAGAGCUGUCUGGCAGGAUGGUGAGCGCUCUGGAGAAUUUGGCAGGCAUUGACAGGUCUGAUCUGAUCCAGGCUCGGUCGCGAGCAUCCUCAGAAUGCGAGGCCACCUACCUGCUAAGGCAGAGCAGCAUCAACAGUGCAGAUGGCUACAGUAUGUACCGCUACCAUUUCAAUGGCGAGGAGCUUCUGUUUGAGGAGCCUGCCCUCUCUCCAUCGCCAGGGACAGCGUUCCGGAAAAAAACCUGUUCCUUCCGGGUGAAGGAAGAGGAUGCAAAGCCUCACAUGGACUGCCCGGGGAGCUUGCACCACACCCCGGGUCCCAGCCCGCCCACUACACCAGGCCGCAGCUGGCUUGCCCUGGAAGGUCCCAUGAACGCAGAGCCCAGGCCGGGACCAGAACCCGGCUUCUCCGCGGGCGAGCUCGACCCACGAGCUGACCUUAAGAGCGCAGAAGCUGCACCAUAUCUGACCACCGCGGGUGUUGCAGGCACUCAGCUGACUGUGGAAAGCACCGUUUCCCACCAGCUGCAGGAGAGCAAACUCACACGCUUCUACCCGGGAGACCCCAACGCCUACAAAACAAUGAAGUCCAGAAGCUUCGUCUAUUCUGAGGGCAGAAAACUGGUCCGGGGACUUAACUGGGGUGCCGAGUACAGUUCAAUCAUGGACCAAGCAUGGAACUUCCACUCAGAAGAAUGGAAAUGCCAAGUUCAAAGGAUCACGCGCUCGCGCAGCACAGACAUCCCAUACAUCGUGUCAGAAGCAGUCGUGCAAGAUGAGCUUGAAGAUGAGCGCAGUGGUUCUCUCCUGGCUCCUCAGAUCUCCCGUUCAGCCUUCACGGUUGCCGCUGACAGGACUGGACAGGAGAAUUUACUGUCUGUGAAACCCCACCAGACUUUAGGAUUCUCCUGUUUGAGGUCAAGAAGUUUGCAUGGCCAUCCUAGGAGUGCUGAACCCAGUCCUAGCAAACUAGACAGGGCAGCCCAUGCUAGCAGCACGAGCAACUUAGCAGUCGUGUCAGUUGCUUCAGAGGGACAAAAUGCCAAGCAAGAGAAAAGAAACACGGAAACAGAAUGCUAAUCUGUUUCCCUUCCUCGGUUAAAACCACCACAACAAAAACAAAACAACACCCUGGAAACCAGCACCUUGAAUGGAUGCCAUGCUGGCCAUCCAAACAUUAUCAAUGUCUGGAAAUACUUUCAUUUUAAAAUGGUGAAAAUUUAAACUUAAAUAGUAAGGAAUUUAUAAUAGUGUUCUGUUAAGCAAGUUUUUGUAAACUAUAUUGUUUUUAGUAGGAGUAGAACAGAAUGAAAGUGAUGCUGCCAGCUUGGGACUGUAGCUCAGUAGGUAGGGGACUUACUUACCUAGUAUACCCAAACCCCAGGAUUCAAACUCCAGCACCACAUAAACCAUGUGUAGUGGUAUACACCUGUACACUUGUAAUCCCAGCACCCAGAAAGGUGGAGGCAGGAGAAUCAGAAAUUCACAGUCAUCAUUGACUACAUAGCAAAACCCACAAAGACCAUAAUUUACCUGAGUUAGAUGAGGGUCAGAGUACCUUGAAACGUCCAUUCCUGGCAGAGAAUAGCAAGUAUUUUAGACAUAACCUGUAUUUUUUACUUAUACUUUUCUCGUUAUUUCAGUUUAUUUUAAUUGUUUUGACUAAUAUGUCUGAACCAUGGUCAAGGUCAUGGAAAUCUCAAAUGUGUGGGAAGCUGAGAACUAUCUAAGUGAACAUAAAAUGGAGUCAGAACAAGAUGGCGUUACCUUAGUCAUCUUGUUCACCCACUGCGCUUUCUCUUACUCCUAAACAUUUCCUUUUGGUAACAAAAAAUUAAAAAAACAUUCCUUUUA